CUAGCAGCGCUCGCCGUCGCCGACAGUCUCUGGGUCUACAGGGGACCCACAACCAUCUGUAACUCCCUCUCCAGGGAAUUUGACGUACUCUUUUGGGCCUCUGUGGACACCGGGCACACAUGUGAUAAUUCCAGAAACAUGAGGACAUUUUUCAUCACUAUAUUCACAGCCUGCUGUCACUUGCUAAGGGCAUUUACCAUCACGGCUCCCAAGGACCUGUAUGUGGUAGAGUAUGGCGACAACGUCACGAUUGAGUGCAGAUUCCCAGUGGGACACGAACUGAACUUGCACGCAUUAAUUGUGUACUGGGAGAAGGAAGAUAAGCAAGUCAUUCAGUUUGUGGAUGGAGAGGCAGACCUAAAGCCUCAGCACAGUAGCUUCGCGGGGAGAGCCUGGUUGCCAAAGGAGCAGCUCUUAAAGGGAAACGCUGCCCUUCAGAUCACAGGUGUGAAACUGCAGGAUGCAGGCGUGUACUGCUGCAUGAUCAGCUACGGUGGUGCUGACUACAAGCGAAUCACACUGAAAGUCAACGCCCCAUACAGAAAAAUCAACCAAAGAAUUUCCAUGGACACAGCCACGUCUGAGCAUGAGCUAAUGUGUCAAGCUGAGGGUUACCCAGAAGCUGAAGUCAUUUGGACAAACAGUGACCAUCAACCCUUGAGUGGCAAGAGUACCAUCACUGCGUCCCAGACUGAGGAGAAGCUUCUCAAUGUGACUAGCACUUUGCGGGUCAAUGCAUCAGCCAAUGAUGUUUUCUACUGUAUUUUCCGGAGGUUACAGUCGGGCGAGAACCACACAGCUGAGUUGAUCAUCCCAGAACCACCUGCAGUCUUUCAGCCAUGUAAGAGGACUCACUGGCUACUUCUGGGCUCCAUUCUACUGUUCUUUGUUGUAGCCUCCACAGUCCUCCUCUGCUUGAGAAAACAAGGUAUUUUCUCCCUUGACUUGGUCUCCACACUGCCCUUGGGGAAGUGCAUGAAGGUCCUCUUACUGUGGCAUUGA